AUACGGAUCCUAAAGUUGCACCCAGAGUCAAAGUGAAACAAAACUUACGUACUGUAUGUAAAACUGCUUUCGCACCACACGUAGCCAACCGUGCUGAUUGUAGGUGCGGGAGAAGGACCACAAACUAAACACAAAAAGCAGUUCUAAAGAAAUGAGUUUUCAAUCUAGAUUUAAAAGUGCAUAUUUACGAGAUAUACCAAAUUAUAAGAUGCAUCCCCAACCUUAACUUUAAAUACAGGGGGGAAAGUCCGUCAAUCUGGAGAAUAUACCAUCAAGAGCAUAGACUUUAUAGAAACAUUGCAACGUUGUAAGAUAAUCUAUUUACCGGCGCUGCAAAGGUUUAAAGAUACAACCUCAACUACAUUAUUCACUCCGGGGCAGCAUUUUGCUGAGCAGGGAAAAUUCCUCGUGGUCGAAAAAACGACCAGAGGGCCUGACGCUCGCUCUUGACCGACUCAGCGUUUGCCCUUCGGAAGCGCGGGGUAGGUGAAUACACAGCGCUGCAUCCCAGCGCACCUUGGCUGCUGUUGGGGGCUGGCGUGCCUUUGGGGGAUCGCUAGUUGCGCCUUAGCAUUACAUCACUCCAUUAUUAUGGAAUUCCUGGGCUGGCCCACGCUUGUUGAAUGGCAAAGCAUCACGUCUAUAGCAAAGUGAUUACCUCAAUUGUUUUGGAAGAACUUCAGAAUGUUCUUAAUUAAGGGCCGUAUAGCACAGUACACUGAUUGAUAGGCAUGUGAAUAAAUGGCAAAAAUAUUAAUUUGAUGAAAAUAUAUGGGGGGUUUUUUUCAAUCGAGAAUGGCAUUGAAGUGAAUUUUUUCAACGAAGUAAAUUGUAAAGAUGGGUUUAUUAAUAAAUAUGAUUUACAUUUAUGUUAUUGAACUCCAAAUAAUGUUUUUUUUUGUUAAGUUUCGCAUUUCUAUGGCCAGGACAAGUCCAUAGAACAACAACCACUGACUACUCCAUGAAGAGGUACUCAUUUUAUUGACCCCAGAGGUAUGAUGGACUGAAUCAAUCUUAGCCAAGAAUUGAAUUCGCAACCUGCCAACUGUGAAUUGCUUGCCCGAUUGCCGAGCCACCUGGCUGGAUUUUAGUACACGGUAAAUUAGUAAUUUCAAUGGGCUUUUCUUUUCCGAAUGUGGAAAAUCACCUCUUGAUGCUCCGUUGAAAAAUGUUCACCACAUGUGAGUCAUAUGAUAUGUUUAUAACAUCCAUACCACCGAGAUAGGGUAGGGUGAAUAGACUGAAAAAUUAAACCUUUAUAUCUUGUGCACGCAUUGGCGAUCAAGAUGAGACGGUGACAUCGCUGCACAUGCGAAUGUGGUAUCAUCACGGGGUGGGUGGCUCAGUAAGUGCAUCUGGACAGGAAUUUCCACUGGGAAUUGCCGUCGCUCGCCAUCUGCCACUGCUAUUGACCCCAUUUAAUAAUUUUCAAUAUCAAGCAAUUGUGUCCUGUAUCCUCAUCAGCCCAAUUCACAAAGGUGAUCAUUAUUUGCAACUACUGUAAAUGCAAAAAAUAAUAUAUUUUUCACUACUUUCAAUUAGUUAUUGUUGACUACGUACGGUGUGAAAGAAGUUCAACAUACAUGCAUACAUUUAUGAUUAUUAUCAUCAUCACUUACAUCUCCUAUUCAAUUAAUCUCAAGACACCCUGCGGUAGGGGACCCCCUGGUGGCAGCUCUCCCUGUGGAGCACGUGGUGAACCCAGCAUGGGCCUGCAAGUGGGCAUUAGUCUGCCAGGAGGGGACGAAGUUGCUAAGUGGCUUCCCAAUUAAGUAAUUUGCAGUACUGUCAUUAAUCACAUAUGGACCAUGACACCAGCACACAUGGCCUACUCUUUUUUAAAAUAACAUCAUAUGGUCAUGAAGGUCCACUUCACCACCAUCCCCCACUCAUCAGCUUGGUAAAUUGAGGUCAAACAACCCCUAUGAUGGACAUGGCAUGGUGAAGUCUUCAUUCCGCAUUAAAUUCACGGCAGACUGGAAAAUAUCAUUGUAAAUUUGUAAUAGUUUGAAAUCAAUUGAUAACGGGGCACUGGUGUGUCUAAUCAUGACAUGCGAGUGAAGGUGGGAGGCACGUAUUGUGCACCACGUGCCUUUCCCCGCGUGUGAUUCAACAAUACUGACUUAGCAAUACGACAGUAUAAAAGAGUAGCACAUCAUGACCGGUUGUCGAUUCUGAAAGGCUGCAAUGCACGCUACAAUAGUGGUGCGCAUCGUGGCAUGGCUGUCCUGGGCAUCUCCCUGCACAGCAGUCCAGCUCUCUCCCAGAAUUGCUGUGCUCAGCCCACUCCCAAGUGGGUCGGCCCUCAUUAACAACAGCUGGCAAGCCGGUUUGUUCGUCGGACGACCAAGAAGGGCUGCGUCUCCGAUCUACAUCAGCGUCGAAGAGAACGGCCAGGGCCCUUUCCCGCAAUUGUUAGACACCUUACCGGCAGACGGUGACGAAUUGUUCUUCACACUGACGGGGCAAGGGGCUGACCAGCCACCUGAGGGACUCUUCAUCAUCGAAGAGUUUGUGCCCGAGCUGAGCAUCACAGCCGCCCUAGAUAGGGAGGAGCACUCCGAGUUCAAGCUCACAUGCAGCCAGGCCGCGGACAGUGGUGCAGAACUUGAACCAAUUAUUGUCAUCAUCAAAGUGGUCGAUCAGAAUGACAACAGUCCUGAGUUUUCUCAAGCGACAUUCAGCAAGGAGAUGUCAGAAGCCUCCCCCAUGGGAACAAGCGUUUGGACAAUUUCUGCUUCUGAUAAAGAUGACCCAAGCACUCCAAAUGCUCAGAUCGCUUAUAAGAUUAUCUCUGAAACGAGUGCUUUUUCAAUUGAGGAACAAUCUGGCAUAAUCACCGUCAGUGAGUCAGGGCUGGACAGAGAGGCGAUGGCUUCACACAGCCUGGAGGUUGUGGCUGCGGAUCUCAAUGGCGCCGGUGGAGGGCUCUCUGCUACCGCCACCCUCGUCAUCACAGUGACGGAUGCCAAUGACCAUCCACCUAGGUUCACCAGCACCCAGGCAUCGGCAACGGUGGGGACGAACAAAGUUGGCACGGAGGUGCUGCGUCUGUCCGUGGACGAUGCGGAUGAGAAGGGCACGGCGAACUGGCGCACCAUCUACCGCACCGAGAGCGGGGACCCGGGGGUCCACUUCAGCAUCCAAACAGAUGCCGUAUCCAACCAGGCCAUCAUCACCAUUGCCAAGGCAUGCGGGUUCAGCACCUCGUGCCAUUGACAUUCACUCUCUGACAUUGUCCCCUCCCCUCCCCGCUGGGUACCCACGUGAUAAACACGCGGAACAAUCGACAGCAGCCGUCUUAUGGACA